UCCUGUUCCCAGCCUGCAUGGCUGCAAUGUUGCUGAAGCCGAGAGCAAAGCGUUGUGUUUGCAGCACCUGAACCCUGGAGGUUAGGGAUCAGCUGCAAGUUCCAGAGUACAGUGCAGACAGCUGGCAACCUGAGCUGUCUGCGGGACUCGGGUCUGAGCCUGAACCCUGUUUGAAUGGGACCGAAGAAAAGGAAAGUGGUGACUGCCCGGCCUGGGGCGAGGGAAAGAAGGAGCGGGCUGUCUGUGCAGCUGCAGCCUGGUGUGGGACAGGGAGCGGAGCCGGAGCCCCGGGGCCAUCUGCAGCAGCAGCUCCCGGAGGAGGCUCCGGUCACCAGCGUCUAUUUCAACAAAGUGGCCCACCGCAGGCUGUCCUCGGGCUUCUUCAAUCGGCCUUGUGUGACUUUGGCCAAGGAGUUUCUGGGUCAGGUCAUGGUCCGAAAGUUUCCGGAUGGUAGUGAAGUGAAAGGCAGAAUAGUAGAGACUGAAGCUUACCUGGGCGGUGAGGACCAAGCGUCCCAUUCCUGCGGGGGCAAACAGACUCCGAGGAAUGCCGCUAUGUUUAUGACUCCAGGCACCAUGUAUGUUUAUCAGAUUUAUGGGGUGUAUUUCUGCUUAAAUGUGUCCAGUCAGGGAGAUGGUGCGGCCGUUCUGGUACGAUCGCUGGAACCUCUACAUGGAUUGGACACAAUGAGACAACUUCGCAGCAAACGGAGGCGAGAAGCUGGGAAGCCCCUGAAAGACCAUGAGCUAUGUAACGGACCCUCGAAACUGUGUCAGGCGUUAGAUAUCACCAAGAUCUUUGACAGGGGAGACUUGGCUACAGGCAAUGAAAUCUGGUUGGAACCUGGCCCUGAAGAAAUAAAUGGAGCAGAUAUAGUGUCCACCAGCCGCAUUGGGAUAGGCUAUGCAGGGGAAUGGGUUAACAAACCCCUGAGAUUUUAUAUAAAGGGCAACAAAUGUGUGAGUGUUGUAGACAGGGACGCUGAAAAGGAGAAAGACUAGUUGGGUUAUGCCGUUACGAAAUCACUGUUAUGGUGCCCUAAUUUUUCAUUGUCUGUUUCAAAGCUUUUAUUUUUACUGGCAAAAGCUUCAGACAUUGUUAACUCUAAGUAACUUAGUCUGUUCAAAACACCACGUAUAGUGCAAUAUUGCAAAAAUUCCGAACGUUCUGUUUUGCUUUUUACAGUCCUCAUAUUGAUUGGCUGCAAGGGAGUUGAAUUGAAAACAUAGAAAACACAGAUUAGUUCAAACCCAUCAUUGCGUUGAAGCCUCUUCUAAACCACCCUGAACAAAUAAAAUUAUUUCAUAUACAACUGCAUAAUGAUGCAGAUUUCUGAGAAAAUACUUUGAAAUAUGUGUAUUAUAUAUGUCUUAAUUAAUUUUCACAAUAAAAUACCUUUUUUUUGCAA